CGUUCAAGCUCCACCCACACACGCCUCACGUCUUGCAGCGCAAUAUGCCUCCUUGACCACUUCUUCCACUCCUGCCCUUCACGUUGGACACCUCGCUGGCGAAUCGGGCAUUUGUUCUUGCAUUCUCCCUCAGCUCUGCCGCCGGCGCCUCACGCGCCCUCUCCGUCGCGGCUGGCGAAGUGAAUCUCGCGCCAAACGCGGGAGCUUACAACGGUUCCACAAGGCUGCGGCUGCCUAGCAAACCACCCCCUACCCUUCACUUCCUUCCCGCCCCCGAACAAACGCCUGCGCAUCUGCCUUCAACCCCUUCCCUUGGCACCUGCGUGAUACCAUCCAUGUCAUCAUAACCUUCCCUUUCCCCCCUCGGCCUCUGCCGUUGCUGCCCCUUCAGCCGCCAUGGCCGAUCCCCACUCCUCCUCGUCGCCUCGCGAUUCCGCCGUCGACGCCAAUCCCGACCUGGCUCGCAAGAAGCAACGCCUCAAUCCGCAGGAAGCCACUACUCCCUCCCCCACCGACGCGCUCCUCAUCGAAAUCUCCGAGCCCGAAGAAAUCGGUACCACCUUCACCAACGCCAUCGAAAUCCAGGAUGGUCCAGACUUCAGCAUGCCCCUCUACUGCGCUGUCUUUGACUGCGUCGACAUGGACUCCGGCCCUCCUUACGAUCAGCUCAAAGAAAUGCGCGUCGAAAUCGCGCGCGGCAGCGCCGUCGAUCUCGAGCGCUUCUCAUCGCUCGGAGCUGCCAUCAAAGCCCACUUGGCGGACACCGAGAACGAACCCGACCAGUGGUUCUCACACUACCUCGACCAGGAGGUCGACUUCUUCACCGAGCUGGCCUUACUGUCCCUCCACCUUCUAGAUUCCGGGGGUCUAUCAGAUGUUGACGCACCCAUCGACCCCCGGGACAUGUCGCGUGCGUUCGAUGGGUUUUUCCACGGCAUGUUUCGCCUCACCCUACGUAUUCUACCCCUGCUGCCCCACGCCAUCAAGGGUGCACAGUCAAGACGCGAUUCAGCCCAAGCUUCCACUAAAGAGCAGCAUCUGCCGAUGUUGUGGUAUGUCUUGCUGGCGUACCGCCUGCUGCUUGAUGACACCCAACUGGCCCAAUGCAUCAAGGACCACUUCAGAUGCGAUGUGGAAGCGAGUGUACGCAAGAAUCGAACACUCUACUUCAGCGAGGAUGUCAUCACGGAGCUGGCGACCAUCAUGUCGGCGCUCGGAGGGGCCAUGCGUGACAUCAAAGAUUCCUGGCUCUACAUGCACUACGCUCUGCAGUUCUUUGGAAACGCCGUCCACUUCCCUCGCCACCGCCACCCCUACCCAAGUCGAGCGGCCGAGGAGGUCUUGUGCGUGAUCAACACCAUCAUCCUGCCCGCCAUCUGCGCCAAACACCCUCGCGCCCUAUACUCCUGUUUCCACGCCGACUUGGUGCUUACGACAUUCGGCAUUCUCAACACCUACGCUUACGCCAACGAUAUCCCUGCCAUCGGUCAGCUGUACAAGCACUUCGUCCGCGCCGAUACAGAUGCAGAUGCCGUUCUGUCACACACCCCGGCCUCCAUGGGCGUCGAAGAGGCUUUGUUGCACGCGUGCCGUAAGGAUCGCAGUAUUCUCGCCGAGCUUCUCUCCGUCUCUUGGGCGCUACAAAGCCAUCAUGCCUUUCUGCGUAGUGGCAUCAUGGACAUCAGAAACAUCGGCAUCACACUGCUGAAGAAUCAGCUCGUGGCCCUGUACACCAUGGAGAGACCGAGUGGCGACGGCGUAGAUCAUCCUGCCCUCCAGCAUGCUGUUCGCUUCCUGCGUCAAAACGAGAUCACGGCCUACAUCUUCGGACCGGAGUCUCGCGCUGGCUUGGUCAGCCACAGUGCUGAGAUUGUCUGCUUCCUUGCCGCAACUGGGGCAUACACCCCCGCCGAGUCCGACAUCAUCUGGGGUGCGUGUUCUACCAGCGUCGAGGCCGACUUUGUCAAAGCAUCGUUCAUCGUGCUCGACAGUCUGCUCAGGUUUCUCGAUGCUUCCAAUCUGGUGUAUCUCGCGCGAAAGUACGCCACCACUCCCGUCGAGCGCCUGGGCUCGGACUCUGUCACUUUCCUCGAUCGACUGUUCCAGGCGCUGCAAAGUUUGGAUCCGGCGCGGACCGGAAAGUCUUUUGACUUGACUCUCGUGUGUACUGCAAUGGACAUUCUGAGGGCCUCGAACGAUUGGGAGCCAAGUGCGACAAGAGACGAGCUGCGUCACUUGACAAUCGCGGUGAUUUCUCGCUUCACCGAGUCCGAAAUCAGCCUGGAUCACAAGAUGCAGAUGUAUCAGCAGUGCAUUCCGGAGAUUCAACAGCACUCUCAGCAUGCCACGCCUUCUGUGGAGGUCUUGAACAUCUGCCUAAGCGCCGGUAUGCCAGCAUCGGAAUCCGCGUGCAUCCUUGCAAUGCUGCCGCUGGACGCCGCCAUUGAUGAGCUUUGUGAUUUUGUGCAUCGCAACAAGCAGACUGGGCUAGCAAUCAACCGCAUCAGCCAUGUCAUCGUCCGCUUAGAAUGCAUUCUCCGUCUCAUGUCUCUCACGCCUGAAUAUCCUGACGAGACAACAGAAGACCGACUGUUCGAGAAUGUCUUUGGCGAGUCGGCGUUGUCGAAUAUCGCCCGCGACAAAGCAUGGUCCGUCCUCAAUGACCUCACUCAAGCCAAGAGUGAGGUUUCUGCCGCCAACCGGCUAUGGGAGAGCUAUAUGCAGAAGCAAGUCUCCUUGUUGGACGCUCGAUUCGUCACGCCCAAACUUAUCGAGUUCAUCGAUGUUUCACUGAAGGCCGAAUUCAACACGACAAGUCUGAAGUCUGCACCCAUCGGUCUGCUCGACCUCCCAUUGUGGAAGGCUCUCGUUCGGGUCGCACGCACCUCUAAGGAAAGCGAAGUCGUUGGAAUGUCCGUGGGGUUGAUCCUUGACCUGCUCUUCGCCUUCCCGCGUGAGAUUGACGUUGCGGUUGACUUGGUGGUACCUUGCCAAUGCAGAUUCGUCCAUGACCACAUCCAAGGCUUCACCAACGAUGUCGAGCGGCUCCUCCGUACAAACGAAUCAAGUGUCGCCGACCUGCAGUUUUCGCGCGACAUCUUCCUUCUCGGUGAAUUACUCGUCAAAAGCAACGCAACGGCAUCAGUCUAUGCCGGCGCCGAGGCACUAGACGCCUUGGUACUUGACGACAUUCAGGAUGGAUCGAAACCAAUAGAGUUCACUGCUCAAGUCUACGGACCACGCCCUCAGCCUCAGUCCGUGCAGGUGCGCGCGAGCGAGGCAACGAAAGUAUCGGAGCUGAUCGCAAAGCUGCCGGGAAAGACUGCAGCCGCUGACAACAGAGUGAUUGUGGGUGGGAGGGAGAUUUCGCUCCAGCCGAAUCAAACGCUCAACGAAGCGCAGAUCUCACAAUCGGGCGUGCUCAUGAUCCGCCCGAGGUAUACCAGCGAUGCGAAUCUGGAAGAGGUAUUGGCUUGCUCGAGUUCUGUCGAGCGGGAGGUCAUGCUGCAAUAUGGAGCGCUCGAGUCCUUCUUGGAUGGCCCAGAUGCGAUCGCUCAGCAGGCAUUCACCUUCUUGUGUCAAGUACGAACUCCCGCCCAGGCCCGAUCGAAAGUCAUAUCGCCAUCAGCAUCUCCGCUCGAGCUCUUCCCGAACGACAAGCCGUGGAGAUGUAAAUUCACCCUGGCUGUUCUUCAGAGUCAUCUGCUCGACUUUGUCCGGCUCGGUGUCGCCGAUCAAGGUUUCAUCUCCAGAUCUAUUCGACUACUAGUAUCCUUCAUACAGGAUGCAUCUCGCCCUCUACAGCCAAUGGUCAUGCUCAAUGUCGCAACCUGCCUGUAUAACUUCCUCCAGAAUGUGGUGAAGCAGACUCCAUAUGGCGAGGGUAGCCGCCAAAACCACGCCAAGGACUUGGAACUGGCCAGUGCAAAGGACGACAGCACUGUACUCAUCGACAAUGACGAUGCAUUCGUCUCGAGGAUCGUGGAACUCAUCUACACCAGCAUGGCGCAGUCAGCAGCACCAGCCCGAUCGCCAGACGUUCUGUCGACUUGGGCGACCCUGGCACACCACUUAUACAAAGCACUCCUGGAGACCUGUAGGGCAGGUGAAAUACGAUGGGAUUCCGUCGUAAAACAUGCCGAAAGUGCCGAUCUCCAUCGAACCAUGCUUCUGAGCCACAACCAGUCCUUGUCCAAAGGGAUGGCAGCAUGUAUCGGCGGAGUUUGUGGCGACUCGUCAAUCUCCGACGAAGUAUCACAGGCAUAUUGGGACACGUUGAUCCCAACCAUCCCACACGCCAUGGCUGCUGGGCCUCUGUCGGAGCAAUACUUCACCCUUCUGGCCGAGGUCUUUUUACAAUUGAAGCUGGAAGAACCUCAGCUGCUCAUUCUGAUCAACACCACCCUCAAGCCUCAGCUGUGGAAGUAUCGGCCUCAGGAAUCUCCCGGGUUCCCCGUGGUUGACAAAGCGUUGUUUGGCCUUCUCAGUCUUCUCAGAUUUUCAGUCCUAUCAUACAAGAGCUGUGGGAACCUCCUGAAGCUGGAAGGCCUGGCCUGGCAGCUGGCGCAUACUUUCUUGUUCGACUACAGCAAUAUUGGAGAGUCCAGUCCUCCCGUGCUUGUGCAUGAACAGACUCGAGCGCUCGUGUACAGCUUGAUCCGCGCGGCAUUCUGCCCAAUCAUCGACUACGAACGCCUGGUGGACAGCACUUACGAUGUGGCCCAUGAGUCUCCCCGCGAGAUGGCUCGCAAGCAACCCGCGUACGACGAGUGGUGGCGAGAGCCCUGGGUCGCUGCGGGAUUGCAGAAUCUUGGGAUGACCUGCUACAUGAAUUCCCUUUUGCAACAGCUGUUCGCCAAUCUGCAGUUCCGAAAGUUCAUCCUUGAACGCCCGAGGCCGAAUCGAGGGCAGGCUGGCAUCUUACGGCAGGUCCAAGACUUGUUCGCGCGCAUGCAGAGCAGUGCAAUUCCAGUGGUGGAUACAGAGCCGUUGGCCGUUGCACUGGGUGUUCAAAUUGGGAACCAAGAGGACGUCCACACAUUCUACACGACGCUCUUCAGCCGUCUGGAAGAAGGCAUGGGAGAUGCUGAUGCGAAGAAUGCUCUUGCGCGCUUCUUCACGGGAAAGUCGGUCACCCAGAUCAGGGGAGACUGCGGCCACGUUUCGCCCACUACAGAAUCCUUUACCGAACUGCCGAUGACGGUCAAGAACAAGGCGAGCCUGAAUGAAAGCCUGGACGAGUUUGUUCAAGGAGAGCCGAUGGAGGGGGCGAACAAGUACAGAUGUGUGACGUGCAACCCCGAGAACGGCGGACGCUAUGUCAAUGCGAUGAGGCGAGCCUGCCUCGAAGAAGUGCCGGACAACCUGACGUUCUGCCUCAAGCGCUUCGCCUACGAAACCAUGAGCGAAGGCGAGAACAAGGUGAAUGACCGCUUCGAAUUCCCAAAGGCCAUCGACAUGUCUCCGUACAAGCGCAGCUUCCUCGAAGAUCCUGAUGCUCCUCACGAAUCGGACAUAUUUGAGCUGGUCGGCGUCAUCGUCCAUCAAGGCUCGCUCCAGUUUGGGCAUUACUGGUCAUAUGUUCGAGUGGCUGGCUCUGGGAAUGCGGAUACGGCUACCUGGCUAUACCUUGAGGAUGCCAGAUCACUGAUUUGCGCGAACGGUGUGCAGGACGUUCAGGCGCAGUGCUUCGGAGGGCCACGCUGGACUAAUGGGUCACCCGGAAGCGAGCGAGUGGACAGCGCGUACGUACUAUUCUACCAACGGCAGUCCUACAUUGCGCAGGCAGAAGGUCUAAACACCGUGUCCGCUCAACACCGGAUACAGCACUCGAUACUCCCACGAGUCGGACUCCACGAGGACAUGGCAUCGGCUCUCGGCGAGGAGAAUCACGAACGUCGAUUCGUUGCAUCACUUCAUGCUCCUGGGUUCCAUGAGCACAUCCUAUGGCUACUGACGACUUAUCCGAUCUAUCUUCGCUCGAUCACCCCCGAAACACCAGGCGAUGAGAAUAAGCCGAUCUCCUCGAGGGCCAGCUGCGAUGUGGCGUACGGCAAGCUGGGCGCCAUCAUUGCCCGGUACAUGUCGCGCAUUCUUCUCGCGGACCCUUCUGUGGGCGAUUUGAUUGUGAACUUCAGGAAUGCCACGUCAGCAGUUCUGGAUGCGCGCCCUCUGGUAGCACUCACCAUGUUGCAGUAUUUCGCCGAGGAAGACGGACUUAUAUUCGGCAAUCUCGUGCACCUAGAGAGCGCACAAGUUCGGUCACUCACCAUCGGUUGCGUUGACGAAUGUUUGUCUCGUCUCCGCCUCGUAGGCUAUCCUCGGUAUGCGGAGACGUACGAGGAUCUCAUGAAGUCUCAUGCAAAAGUCUUGGGGCCAACGCUUGAUGCUAGCGGAGGGAAGUGGACGGAAUACCUCAAGUUUGCUGCGCAAUACGCACGCAUUGGGCAGGAAGAAACGCACACGGUUCUCGAAGCUGGCUAUCUCUCUUGGGCGCUGGGCAUCAUCAACUUUCGCUACGAUCCUGAGCUUCGAAAGAAGCACUGGAGGCUCACCGAGGAAUAUAAGCUCAACAGCAUCGAAAUGAGCUCGUUGAUUGAGUUCAUACUCAACGUGCUUGAAAAGCAUGUCUCCCUCCCUGAAGAUCUGCUCUCUUCUCGCUUGCGCUCGGGCGAGCGUGCAAGGACGAGCAAAGGCUGGAGUCUCUUGCCGACCGAACUGCAGCAUCUCACAAUGAUCAAGACAUUCGGUGAGAAGGAGAAGGAGGAGGUCUGGACAAUGCUCCACGUCGCGUCGAAGAAUUGCAACAUUCCGGCCAAAUCGGAAGAGUGCGUGAUGGGCAAGCUCAUUGCUUUCCUCGUCGGUGACAACACUCCUUCCUUCUGGACGGAGUGGGCGGAGGAGGCCCUCAAGGGCUAUUUUCAAUUCGAAAGUCACCGCAUCAAAGCCAUGCUGUACCCAGCGCUGCACUACUGUCUCCAACACUCCGACGACGCGAACUGUCAAAACUUGAUGGAAUGCCUCACCAAGAACGCAAUGAUGUGGAAUGGGUGUGAAAUCGAGACCAUCGACUUCUUCGACGAGGCGAUGGGCCUGGUUCCGAGCGCCGUCGUGCACAGCAUGCCUUUUUGGGUGUUUACGUACCUCUCCUCUCCGAAAAGCGCCCUCGUGCGCGCACGCGUCGUGCGAUUCCUCCAGGACCGCAUGUACUCCCUAGCCCCACUCACCGACAUCGCCGCUCUGGACGCCGGCCGAAUCAACUUCACUCGCACGCUGUGCGCAAAAUACCAACCCCUCCUGCUGGCCGCCUACCGACAAGAGCACCGCCGCACGCAGCACGAGCGCUCCAUCGAGGCCCUGCAACUGGCGCAAAAGUACUUGAUCAGCAUGCGAGCGGCGGUUGCGCAGGCGCUGCACGAGGGCACGAGACCUUCGAUGAAUGUGAUGAUGGAGUACGACGAGUCGAAUGCGGUGCUGGCGGGGCUGAAGCGGCUGUUUGACGAAAUUGGCGAUUGGCAGCCGGAGAGGACGACGAUGGCGCUGCUGCUCCCGGCGAGGACGCAGGGGCAGGGGCAGGGUCAGGGUCAGGGACAUGGGCGCGAUGUGCGGCGGUCGGUGGAGUUGGAGUCGACGCUUACGGAGCCGAGUGAUGUUGAGGGGGAGGAGGGGGAGGAAGGGGAGGAUGAUGACGAUGAUAUGAUUAGUGAGAUGGAUGAAUGAGGCGUCAGGGAGGGAAUUGCUUGUUUGCUAAUGACUGCGCCGAUGCGCAUGCACGUCUGAUAGGUUGGUCAUGAGACAUGAAAUGAAAUGGCUUCGCGUACA